AGCGAAAUUGUGUUGAAGAAAGAUUGACCAAUAAAUUGACCGUCCCACACUCAUUCCCUUCUUCUUCCACUCUUACUCGUACUCUCCUGUCUAUGUAUGUAUAUAUAUAAUAUAAUAUAAUGGCAUAUAUAAUCUCGUGAAGGAAUGCUCUGCUUCAUACUGCUUUUCCAUUAGUUGAAGUUUUUUUAUGGUGGCAGAGCCGGAAGGACUCUAUUUUAUCUGGGGUUUGGUGAUUAGUAUUUGAAACUUUUCAGUUUGGUUGAUAUCUGUUAGCAUGGGAAAGACGGUUCAGGUGUCUGGGUUCCCUUAUCUUGUGAGUGCAGAAGCAGCUAAAACUUGCAUAGAGAAGCAUACUGGAGCAGGCUCUGUAUGUGCCUUAGAGGUUAAAAAGUGCAGAACGGGACAACGAUCAUAUGCGAAAGUCCAAUUUGGAAACAAUAGAAGUGCGGAUGAAAUUAUAAGUUUGGCUGAACAGAGGGUGUUGUAUUUUGGGACCUCGUAUUUGAAGGCUUUUGAAAUGGACACCCGUAUUGUGCAAGACAGAUCGUACACCCAUGAGAUGAAGAAUCUAACUCUGUACUUUGGAUGUCAAACAUCAAAGGAGCGGUUUUACUCGAUAUGGAGAGGGGCUAAUGUCUCGAUAAAAUUCGGAUAUGGAUUGAAAAAAAUGCACAUCUUUCUAUCCUAUCAAUCUACUGAAUACAAGCUUCAACUUUCAUAUGAACACAUUUGGGAGAUCAAGCUGUAUCGUCCCCAUCGUGGAAAUGUGAAAUUCCUUGUUAUACAGUUAUUUGCUGCUCCCCGGAUCUACAAGAAAGCAGAAGGCUCCAUUUAUAACUUCUAUUCGGUUACUCCAGAUGAUCAAUGGGUGAGGACAACAGAUUUUACGCGAAAUUGCAUUGGACAAUCUUCGAGUUUGUGUUUGGAGAUUCCUGCAGGUGUCACGCUACCAAAAUUCCGCGAUCAUUUUGUGUACUACAGCGAAACGGAUUGGCAAUUCAGCGUAGAGUCUGGUCACCCGUUUUCUCACAAUCUGGAUCUAGUUCCAAUUCUGCGUUCCCCACGGGAAGUUAACUUGCCUUUCAAAGUAUUGUUUAAGAUCUGUUCUUUGGUGCAACAAGGAUGCCUUCCUGGGCCAGCACUCGAUACAAAUUUUUUCAGUUUAGUUGAUCCACGUACUAUAAACAUUGGAUGCAUCGAGUUUUCCUUGGAGAAAAUGUACUAUUUAAAGGAAUGUUGUUAUGAUCCUGUUCGUUGGUUGACUGAGCAAUAUGAGAAGUAUCGAAAGUUCAAGCAGCCUCCGAAAUCUGCUGCUAUAAGUCUCGAUGAUGGCUUGGUAUAUGUACGGAGAGUCCUAGUUACUCCGACGAGGGUGUAUUUUAGUGGGCCCGAGGUAAACCAAUCGAAUCGUGUGUUGCGCAAUUAUGCAGAUGAUAUUGAUAAUUUUCUUCGUGUAUCGUUUGUUGAUGAGGAUUGGGAGAAAAUACAUUCGAUAGAUUUAUCUCCCCGUGCGUCUUCCCCGGGUGGUAUCAGCAAGACAACCGACAUUUAUGACAGGAUUCUAAAGGUGCUCAGAGAUGGCAUUGUUAUUGGGGAUAAAAGAUUCGAAUUUCUCGCUUUCUCCUCGAGCCAGUUGAGGGAGAGUUCUGUUUGGAUGUUUGCGUCGAGAUUUGGACUUACAGCUGCUGAUAUAAGAGCAUGGAUGGGAGACUUUAGAAAGAUUAAAAAUGUCGCAAAGUAUGCUGCGAGACUCGGCCAAUCUUUCGGUUCAUCCCGGGAAACGUUGAGUGUUGCCAGGCAUGAGAUUGAAAUGAUUCCCGACGUAAAGCUUCAGAGACAAGGAACGGAAUAUAAUUUUUCCGAUGGGAUCGGGAAAAUAUCUGCACACUUUGCUCGAAGAGUUGCCAUGAAAUGUGGCCUCGAUGAGUUUGCUCCAUCUGCUUUUCAAAUCCGUUAUGGUGGAUUUAAGGGUGUCGUUGCCGUCGAUCCUUCUUCAUCAAAGAAGUUGUCGUUGAGAAAUAGCAUGUUGAAAUACGAAUCGGACAACACAAAGCUAGAUGUUUUGGCGUGGAGCAAAUACCAGCCCUGUUAUCUUAAUCGCCAACUAGUCACACUCUUGUCUACGCUCGGUGUUAGAGACGAGGUCUUCGAGAGGAAGCAAAGAGAUGAAGUUGCUCAACUUAACGCUAUCCUCACCGAUCCUCUAAAGGCAUACGAGGCUCUCGAGUUGAUGGCUCCGGGAGAAAACACCAACAUUCUUAAAGAGAUGCUCACGUGUGGUUACAAGCCCGAUGUCGAACCAUUCCUCUCGAUGAUGUUACAAACAUUCCGGGCAUCGAAGUUGCAAGAUUUGAGGACUAGGACGAGGAUAUUUGUCCCCAAAGCGAGAUCAAUGAUGGGAUGCCUCGAUGAAACCAGAACAUUGAACUACGGUGAAGUGUUUGUUCAAUAUUCUGGUGCUGGACGGAGACAACUUCCCGUUGGUCCUCAACUCGAUGAACCCCGAAACUACAAUUGGAUUGUCCAGGGAACGGUGGUUGUCGCAAAGAACCCGUGCUUGCAUCCCGGUGAUGUUCGUGUUUUGAGGGCUGUUAAUGUGCCGGCUUUGCACCAUAUGGUGGACUGUGUUGUUUUCCCCCAAAAGGGCGAGAGACCUCAUCCAAAUGAAUGUUCGGGAAGUGAUUUGGAUGGUGAUAUUUACUUUGUUUGUUGGGACCAAGAAUUGAUACCAAGGUCGAUGGAAUCUCCAAUGGAUUAUACCCCUGCUCCGAGCCUGGACGUAUCCCAUGAUGUUACGAUUCAGGAAGUUCAGAAGUAUUUUGUGGAUUACAUUCUGAACGACAGUUUAGGCAUUAUUUCGAAUGCCCAUGUUGCGUUUGCAGAUAAAGAACUAUUAAUGGCGAAGAGUGAACCGUGUCUAAAACUCGCACAGCUCUUCUCGAUUGCUGUAGACUUUCCAAAGACGGGUGUUCCUGCGGAGAUCCCUUCGGAUUUACGAGUCAAAGAAUAUCCCGAUUUUAUGGAAAAGCCUCCCGAGAAGGUAACCUACGUUUCGAAUCGAGUAAUUGGAAAGCUAUUUAGGGAGGUGAAGGAUAUUACUCCCGAGGUAAGCUCUAUAAGGUCCUUUACUCCCGAGAUAGCGAGGAGGUCGUAUGAUCCCGACUUGGAGGUUGAUGGGUUUGAAGAAUACAUCGAUGAAGCUUUCUAUCACAAAACCGAGUACGACUUCAAAUUGGGUAAUCUCAUGGACUACUAUGGCAUAAAAACCGAGGCUGAAGUGCUUAGUGGCGGGGCCAUAAGGGCUUCGAAAUUCUUUGACCGUAGAAGGGAUGCAGACGCGGUUAGUUUCGCCAUGAAGUCUUUGAGGAAGGAAGCGAGGGGAUGGUUUAAGGUAGGAAGCGAGUACGAUGAUCAAUUGGCGAAAGCGUCGGCUUGGUACUAUGUAACGUAUCACCAUACUUACUGGGGUUCCUAUAACGAGGGGAUGAACCGUCCUCACUUUAUCAGUUUCCCGUGGUGUGUCUAUGAUAAGCUGAUUCAGAUCAAGAAGGACAAACUAAACAUCGCGAGGGCUCUCGGGGGCUUGAAAUUGGCUUGAAUACUUGCGUAAAAUUCUAACUUUUGUUGUUUACUUUAAGAUCAGGCUGUAUAGUAGCAGCAUUAUCUGCAUUUUCUGCAAUGCACCAAAACUUAUGUAUUAUAUAUAUGGUGUGGUGCUCUAUUGUCUAUUUAUAUGUUGAACUGGUUGUUAUGCUUCAAUGUUGAAUGUAUGUAUUGUGAUUUAAAUAGCAUCUUUGUGGAAUGAUAUGAUGUAUGUUUUUUAGACAA